AUGCUCCCUGUCCCACCCACCCUCCCCGGCCCCGCCCAGCUCGGCGUCGGCCAGGGCGCGUACGGAGUCAAGCAGUUUGUCUGCGGCACCUGCACGAAGCGGUUCGCGCGGCGCUCAGACCUGGCCCGGCACGAGCGCAUCCACACGGGCGUGAAACCGCACGUGUGCGAGGUCUGCAAGAAGCCGUUCAUCCAGCGGUCGGCGCUGACUGUCCACCUGCGGGUGCACACGGGCGAGAAGCCGCACAAGUGCGAUACCUGCAACAAGGCGUUUUCGGACUCGUCGUCGCUUGCGCGGCACAGACGGGUGCAUACUGGCAAGCGGCCGUAUAUGUGCACGCAGCCGGACUGCGCGAAGACGUUCACGCGGCGGACGACGCUGACGAGACAUCUGAGCACGCACGCGUGCGCGACGAUUCCGCUCACGCAUCAUCAGCAGCAGCAGCAGCAGUACUACGAGCAGGCGCAGGCGGCGGAGGAGUAUCAUCGCCAGCAGGUCGCCUACGCGGCCGCGCCGGGGUACCACCUCACUGCUUAA